AUGUAUGGGUACCUAUGUACAGCAGUCUGCAUCAAACACUUUGCAGAAGACCAAAUUGAACAAUUUGGGCUGCAAAGUGUUCGUUUAAAAAAGAAUGCUGUUCCAAGUAUUUUUCCGAAUGUGGAACAAAGUAAGGAAAUAUCUGAGAAUGGAGAUAAUUUAAAUCCUAACAAAAUUAAUGAAAUUAAAGAAUCUCAAGUAAAGAAGCCAAUUAUGCAAGAUUUAAAUAAUUCAGUUAAAUCCAAUGAGGCUGAUGAAAUUAAUUUAAAUGAGUUACAAAAAAUAUUGUAG